CGCCCUUUGCAGCUACGCAACAAGCCCCAGGCAGCAGUCGCACAAACCGAACUGCAGGUUGUACUCAUCACAUUUACGGCUUAGUUUCUCUGCUGUAGUACCAAACUUAAAAGAUGUCCUCUGCACCCCCAAAAGCGAAGAAGCCCCGCACCAAACCACCGCGGAGUCGACCUGCAGCAACUUCUAGCAUCUCACAACCUGCGGUUGCCAAACUCCCGAAAGGAGUGCAGCCAGUCUAUGAACUUGCUUCAAAAGCCAAUGAGCCAGAAGGUGCCGACGAGGACGGUGCAGCAGAGGACGCUGGACCAGCACUGGCAGAUGAAUCCGGACCUGAUCCAGGUCCCUCAACAAAACGAUACAACGAGUCCGCUUCUCUAGCCGUGCGCACAGGUGCCGAGCUAGGCCAGGAUGCCUCAAUGGACGACGCGGAAGCGCGGAAUAUGGACGGAAACCUUGACGUCGACCUUGCAGAACUCAGCCUUGGCCAGCGACUCACAGCGGUGAACGGCACGGAGGGCGCAGGCCGGUCGUCCGAGUCAAGCGACGAAGACGACUCGCCCGCCUCAGGGAGCGGACCCCAGUCCUCAAGACAGCGCAGACGCGACGGGACGAACGGGGCCGUACCCGCUGCGUCGCUUACCCGCACACUGAUCCAGGCGCUGCACUCAUCCGAUGCGCGCCUGCUCGAGACGUGUCUUGCCCACUCGGACCCGACGCUCAUACGGAAUACCGUGCGAAGGCUUCCACCGCAGCUCGCGGUGCCGUUGGUCACUGCGUGUGUGGAACGGUUAGGGCGCGGUAGCAGGGGUGCGACCAUGAAAGGCCGAGGAGGAGGUGCGAGCUCGCAAAGGGGAAAUGCUAUGAUCAACUGGAUAAAGGCAGUUCUCGCAGCGCACAGUGGACACCUGAUGACGAUGCCAGAUUUGGUGGCUCGUUUGUCGGGACUGCACGCUACCCUUACAAUGCGAUUGACCCUGCACGAGAGCCUCUUGGCGCUAAGUGGGCGGUUAGACAUGGUCAUCUCACAAAUCGAGAUGCGCUCAUCCGCUGGCCCCACUACAUUACCGGGGCCCAAACGAGCCGGGAAGCACCGGCGGAGACGACCGGCUACAAAGUAUGUAGAGGGUGAAAGUGAGGGUGAAGAGGGACAGCAACAGGACGAUCAGAUGGACGUUGAGGUCGAGAGUGGCGACGACAGUGGAAGUGUGGAGGACGUCGAGCUCGGUGGAGACGAUGAGGACGAAGACGACGAAGACGCAGAAGACGACGAGGAUUCGGAGGAUGGCGAGGACGAUGAGGAUGAGGACGACGAGGAAGAUGAGGAUGGCCCGAAGCUAAACGGGUUUAUUGAUGAUGAGGCAGAGGAGUACAGCGAGGAUGAUGAUGAUGAUGAGAGUGAAUAAGGCAUUCUCCAGUUUGCACGCUGUUUUCGCUGGUCAAUGCAUUAUUGGGGACUCUGUUUUUGUUGUGCCAAAUGGUCGACGUUUGACAUGCUGAUGGUGAGACUUGUCAGAGUUUGUUGAAUUGAAC